AUGGCUUGUACAAAUUGCAGACAGCGGCAUAUCAAAUGUGAUGGAAUGGGGGAACCCUGUACCCGUUGCUUGAACUUGAAGCAAAAUUGCAUUUAUCUUGAGGCUGAGCGGAAGGUAGUGAUCAGCGUGAAAUAUUUGGACAAACUGCAAAACUUAAUAUCGAAGCUCAAGGUGGAGAAUGCAAAUUUGAGGACUUUAAAGAAGACAACAAAAAAGGAACCAAUGCCAGAGAGCUCACAGAGCAAAACUGCAUCUUCUUACUCAAGCGAUGAUGAGGGAGACGAGCCCUUGGAACUAGUCCUAGAGCACGAUAGUGGGAAUGCACCUGCUACCAAUGCAGCAACGACGAUCCAUAAAAGGCAAGAUACGGAACAACCCGUUGCAAACCUUAAUCAGAAGGAGACAGCCGAGCCCCAUUUUAACAAGGAGUUUACCAGUGAAAACCAUAUUUUGGAUGACCAUGGCUUAGCAACACAUGAAAGUGCUGGACAGCACGAUAAUAAAUCCUCGAGUUCUAAAGCUCAUGACUCUUCUACUGGCAAUGAGAAAAAGAACCAAGAAGUUAUUCCACCAUUCCUUGAGCAAUAUGGAAGACUUAUUCACUCAAGAACAGGUGAAAGGUUAUAUAUAGGCUCAUCAUCGAUGACUCUUUUUGGUUUGGAGAUCGGACGACUCGUUGCCCCAAUGCUCUCUAACAAAGCCACUGAAGGUCCUGGUGCAGCUGAUGCGUCGCCCGUUUCGGAGUCUCCUCAAAAUAAAGCAGAAACAGAAACAAUCCUUGAAAAAGAGGGUAACGCUUACAGGAUAAUGCUUGGGAAAACACAUUCACGACCGGGUAUAAACGUCAAUUUUACUUUGCCAAGUUAUAGCUACGCAAUGUUAUUAGUUGACUCAUUCAUUUCAUACAACGAUGGAUGUUUUUAUUUUUUCAAUGAAGGCUUGGUGAAGGAAAACUUGAGAAGAAUUUACAAUGAUGAGACAGAUACAGGUUUCAAGUUAGAUUAUGGAAUCGAGUCUUUGAACACUUCUCCCCAAAACGAGUCAACUCUUGAAACUAUUUGGUUUUGUAAACUACUGUUAGUUUUUGCAACCGGUGAAAUUAAUCCUCAGAAUCCAAAGAAGAAAAACAAACCUAAUUAUACAGGUACGAAACUUCCCGGAUCCGGAUUUUUUAACCAAGCCAGUGAAUUGUUUACCGGAUUAUUUGCAAGUGGUUCCAUUGACAAUUGUAUAAGAGAAGGAGGAAUCGAAGUUUUGCUCUUGUAUGCAUUUUACCUUCAAGUUGCUGACUGUACGGCUGCUUCGUACUUUUACUUUGGCAUUGCUCUUAGAGCAUCAUUGCUAGUAGGCUUACACGUCGAUAUAGGUAAAGAGACGUUAAACCGAUUCGAGCUUGAACAUAGGCGAAGAUUAUGGUGGACAGUUUACAUGUAUGAGAGAAUGCUUGCUUCUAAAGCAGGUUUGCCCUUGUCUCUUACAGAUGAGGAUAUUUCUACAGAAUUACCAAGCGACUUUGAUAUGUCACAGCCGGCUCCCGGAUGUGAGAACUACAUUUUCCCAGAAGCUGAAUUCAUCAGCAAUUGUGUCAAGAUAACGCAAAUCAAUGCCAAUAUACUAAGAAAAUUGUACACUAGACAUCCUUCAUCUAACAUUUUACCUGUUGUUCAUGAAAUGGUCGUAGCAUUGCUCAAAUGGAAAAAAGCUCUUCCUCAUGAUAUCAAUUGUGAUUACUCCCAGCCUGAAUUGACUAUCUCCAGAUUAGUAGUGAAUAUGAUGACUGAGUAUUUUCAGGGCAUAAAUCUAGCCGUGAGACCGCUUCUGUUCCAUUUUGUGCUGCUAAACCUCAAGUCUACCAAUCCAAAAGAAGGUAAGUACUUGGAUCUUUCCAAAUACUCAUCCGUUGUUUUGGCUUUAUUGAAUGCCUCGUUUCAGGCAUCUAUAAAUACGGUUCGCUCGUUGUGGGCUUUGGUUCCUGAAAACAUGGUAGCGAUGUUUGGAUAUAUGGAUCGUGAAUACCUCUUCAACUCAACUGCAACUCUUGUGUUAUUCAAUGCAACCUUUGGCGUCUAUGAUGCUACGAAUGAACACUUGGACCACGCUUUGACUCUUUUCACAAAAAUGAGAAAUCUAGGAAACCAUCCGGCAACAUUGAGAAGAGAACAAAUCUUACGGUUGAUAUCGAUACUUGAUUUUAAUGGCUCAAUGUCUGGCCUUCUCAAAAAGCAUAACGAUAAUUUAAACCCCCCAUCAUCCCGUACGCCCCAUCAUACACUACAACAUACACAAGCACACCAUCAGAAUGAUCAUCAGUUUAAUUUACAACAGAACCCAAAUCAAGAUGUGGUUCACCAUCAUCAAAUUCUCUUUAUGGACUCAUUGGCAUCAAUUCUGGAUCGUCCUAGACCGCAACAUGAAAUCAAUACUGGCUUGUUUUCACCAAGCUUAUCUUCUAUCUUCAAUCAAAUUGACGAUAUACCAGAAUUUGAGCAAUUAUCAUCCACGUCAAAUGACAUGGAACUAUGGAAGGACGUUACAAACCAGGCAGCAUGGUUACAAAAUGAUAUGGGAGACGAAUUUGAAUUUUUGUUAGAUAAGAGUGAUAAGCACUAG